UCUCUGGUCUAAAAAGAACCUCGACACUAACUCUGUUCGGCUGUGUUUCUCUCUGACGCUCUUUCUCCGUCGAUUCAUCAAAGAAGAGAGAAUCUCCGGGAGACAAAGAGGAAGAGAGAGAUCCAUCUUACUCUAACAGAGAACUCUCUUCCUAGAUAGAACGAGAGAGAGAUGCAAACCAUCUCGAAAGCUUCGUCUGCUAUCUCCUUCUUUCGAUGCCCUUCGAAGCUAAGAAGUCAGCCAUGUGUGAGACAGCUUCACCUCAGAAAGGGUCUUGUAUGCAGAGUCAUGAAGUUUGUCUCUUCACCUCUUAGGACUCUCCGCGGUGCUAGUAAAUCUAUCCGUGUGUCCAAUUUCUGCAGUGUCUCCAACAUCUCCUCUUUACAAAUCGAACUGGUGCCUUGUCUUAAUGACAACUAUGCUUACGUUUUACAUGACGAGGAUUCUGGUACAGUCGGUGUGGUUGACCCUUCUGAAGCUGAACCUGUGAUAGAAUCGUUGCAGAGAAGUGGUCGAAACCUAACGUAUAUAUUGAAUACACAUCAUCAUUAUGAUCAUACUGGUGGCAACUUGGAAUUGAAAGACAGGUACGGUGCAAAGGUGAUUGGCUCAGCUGUAGACAGAGACCGCAUUCCUGGAAUCGAUAUAGCAUUGAAGGAUGGUGACAAAUGGAUGUUUGCUGGUCAUGAAGUCCAUGUUAUGGAUACUCCUGGCCAUACUAAAGGCCAUAUUAGUUUAUACUUUCCAGGAGCACAAGCUAUCUUCACUGGGGACACCUUGUUUAGCUUGUCAUGUGGUAAACUAUUUGAAGGUACACCUAAGCAUAUGCUUGCUUCUCUACAAAGGAUCGUUUCUUUACCAGAUGACACGAGCAUAUACUGUGGUCAUGAAUAUACACUGAGUAAUUCAAAGUUUGCCUUGUCUAUAGAGCCAAACAACGAAGCACUCCAGUCUUAUGCAGCUCAUGUUGCAGAACUCCGUCAAAAGAAACUACCUACGAUUCCGACAACAGUGAAAAUGGAGAAAGCUUGUAACCCAUUCCUCCGAAGUUCGAAUACAGAUAUUCGUCGGGCGUUAGGCAUUUCAGAGACUGCAGAUGAUGCAGAAGCUUUAGGAGUUAUCCGGAAAGCAAAGGAUAAUUUCAAAGGAUAAAUUACUUUUGAUGUAAACCUUUUACAGUAUUUUGGUACUCACCACAAUUAGUUUUUUUUUUCUUUAGAUUCUUCUCCAAAAUUUAUGAAUACAUAUAAAAAAUAAUUACCUUUUUAUGUUUCUUAUCUGUGACAUUUUAUGCUAAUUAGAAUAUUAGCUCUGCUUUACAACA